GCAAGUUGUGUGAAUAAAAUAUCCGGUUGAAUUUGACGUAAAACCGUGCCAUGGAGUCGCCAGCAAAGGAUUCCCCAGUCAAAGCUGGUUUUAAUAGGAUUGAGAUCCAGAAGACGACGUGGGACGUCCCGGAGAGGUAUACGGCGCUGCGGGCUGUCGGCUCCGGAGCCUACGGGACGGUGUGCUCUGCCAUCGAUCAGCAGACCAAGGAGAAGGUGGCCAUCAAGAAGCUGUAUCGGCCUUUCCAGUCUCUCAUCCACGCCAAACGGGCCUACAGGGAACUGAGGCUGCUGCGCCACAUACAGAAUGACAACGUGAUCUGCCUCCUUGAUGUCUUCACACCUGAUUCCUCCCUGGAAAAAUUCCAGACCUUUUAUAUGGUGAUGCCGUUUGUCGCCCAGGACUUGGGCCACAUCAUGAAGAAACGCAGGUUAACUGAGCGCAUCAUCACAUACCUUUUCUACCAGCUCCUCAGAGGACUCAAGUACAUUCACUCUGCAGGGAUCAUUCAUCGGGAUCUGAAGCCUGGGAACCUUGCUGUAAAUGAAAAUUGUGAAUUAAAGAUCCUGGACUUUGGCCUGGCAAGACAGACGGAGAGUGAAAUGACUGGUUAUGUGGUGACGCGCUGGUACAGAGCGCCAGAGGUCAUAUUCAACUGGAUGCACUACAGUCAGACAGUGGAUGUAUGGUCAGCCGCCUGUAUCCUGGCUGAGAUGAUUACCGGCCAUGUUCUCUUCCCAGGACAUGACAGUAUCGAUCAGCUGAAGAAGAUCCUCCGCCUCACAGGAACACCGCAGCCUUCACUUGUGCAGAAAAUGCAGAGUAAAGAUGCACAGUCGUAUGUGCAAGGUCUCCCUGUACAGAAGAAGAAAAACUUCAGGGACGUGUUUCCCUCCAUGGAUGAAAAUGCUGUGGACCUGCUGGAGGGCAUGUUGCUGCUGGACCCGGAGACAAGGCUGACAGCGAAACAGGGCCUGUCGCACCCCUACCUGGCCGAGUAUCAUGACCCAGAGAGUGAGCCGGACUCGGAUCCCUAUGACGACUCCUUUGAGAGCCUAGAGCUCGCUGUCGGGGAGUGGAAGAGUCUUAUCCACAUGGAGAUCAUGACCUUUGACCCAGCCAACCCCAGAAACACAGCGAUGUAGGACGGCGGAAUGUGCCGAAGCCUCCGGGUGUUUGGUAAUAGUAAAUACAUAAAGCUCAACAACACUGUCAACCUCAGGAAAAAAAAAAUGUUAUGUGAUAGUAAAACUACGAUAAUGCGAUUUCCUUUAAAAAAUAAAAAAUAAAAAAAAUCCAACUGCCUUCUCAUCACAAAAGGUAGAGGUAUUUAUUUUAUUGACCAAUACAUCAUAUCUGGUUAAAGAAAUAUAGAAAUCUGUGGCUUCAGUCGUUUGUUCAUGGAGUAUGUUGCUUUCAUUUUUGUGUGUGAAAAAUUAUUUCAGAUUAGGCAGAUUGUAUCUUUUUUACAUUGUGCAGUACAUCUGUAGCUAUUGUGUGUGUUAGAUUUUGUAUUUUUUUUUUAAAUAAAUUUAUGAUGCUUCAAAGAUUUGUAAUAGGAAGAGCUUGUCAUUUUGCUUUAGGAAAGGUUUGGAAAGAUCCAGGGAUUACCUUGUGUCCUUGUGAUUUAUUAACAGAUGACACCAUUGCCAAACAUGUUAGACUGCAUUGUGUCAUCUUAUUCAAGGCAUUUUGUUUAUUUUGACCCAUGUCAUUUCAAUGUCUGAGCCUAUGAUCAUAUGUACAGCACAUCCCUGUUUUUUUCUAGAUUGCUGCA